CCUUAUACAAUGCGGCUCACGGUUACUGGUAAUUUUUUGUUUAAACGGCUGCUGCACACUGAGAUUGCUGGGAAUUAUGCCAAACAACAGCCACGAAACCUUAAGGGCCGGAGCAAAAGCUCCCAGGAGUGGCUCACACGUCAGCUGGCAGAUCCCUACGUAGAGAAGGCUCGGAUGAUGAACUAUCGCUGUCGCAGCGCCUUUAAGUUACUGGAGAUUGAUGACAAAUACGGAAUAUUACGGCCAGGGGACACAGUACUGGACUGCGGAGCUGCCCCUGGAAGCUGGACCCAAGUGGCGGUGGAGCGCACUAAUGCAAAUGGCAAGCAGGAGCGGUCGCCCCAGGGAGCCGUCUUUAGUAUUGACCUGUUGCAUUUCCAUGCGGUGCCGGGAGCCACGAUUUUCGGCGGCAUGGACUUUACAUCCACCCUUGCGCAGACGCGGUUAAGGGAAUCCUUGAACGGUCGACAGGUUAACUGUGUCCUCUCUGAUAUGGCACCAAAUGCUACGGGAGUGAGGAUGCUUGAUCAAGAGAGCAUCACGAAUCUUUGCUACGAGGUGCUCCGUUUUGCCAUUGCAAUGUCCGCACCACAGGCCCAUUUGGUGGUUAAGGUGUGGGACAAUGGAGAUGUACCCAAGCUGGAGAAAGACAUGCUUCGCUUCUAUGAUAAGGUGAAGCGAGUCAAACCUCGUGCGAGUCGAGGAGAUUCAGCGGAACAUUUCCUGGUAGCUAGAGGAUUUAAAGGACCUCCAGAUAACACUUCAAAAACGUAG